AUGAGCAGCUCAACAUUCAAAGUUGUAACUAUUGCCGGUGCCACUGGUCCUUUAGGUUUCCAUAUAGCAGAUGCUUUUUUGAAUGAUAGAUCUUAUAAGAUUAAGAUUCUUCGACAGAAACCAGAAUCAGAAAAUAAGAAUGCCAGUUUGUUGGCCUCCAAAGGUGCUGAAAUUGUUUACGUAGACUACAAUGACAGAAAUGAUCUUGUUAAAGCUCUUAAAGAAACAGAUGUCAUUGUCUGUGCCAUAGGCGGUGCCGAGUUUCUGGCUCCUCAACGUGCUCUUCUUGUUGCUGCGAAAGAAGUUGGUGUAAAGAGGUUCAUCCCGUCUGAAUUUGGUUCUGAUAUUAAAGCAAUAACUGGUGAACUUCAUCCACUUCACAAAGUUAAGGUUGAAUUUCUUCAAGAAUUGGAAAAAAGUGGGAUGGAAUAUACCAUUAUUGUUACUGGUCUAUUCCAAGAAUAUUUCGGUACAUUGGGAUUUGAUCAUAAAAAUAAGAAAGCAAAGCUCUACGCUGAUGGUAAUACAAAGAUAGCCAACACUUCUUUGCCUGAUAUUGGCAAAUAUACCGUCGAGUCACUUAAGCUACCUGAAGCUCGUAAUGGUACUAUCAGAGUUUCUGCGCCUGUCUUAACAUUGAACGAAUUGCUCCAAAAGUAUGAGGAAAUUACUGGCUCAAAAUGGGAAGUUUCCUAUGAUUUAACCGUGAGAGAAAGGUAUAAAAGUAAUACCGACCCAGUUCCUACAAUGUUGGACGAUCUCUCAGCCUAUAUAGCCAUUACUUUAGAUAUCAAAGACUUACAUAACGAUAAAUUUAGCUUUACCCCUCGCCCUGCUGAUGAAGCUAUCAGUGCCCUUGUAAAAUCUUAG